CGUCAUCUCUUCCCUCCAUUUCAAACCCCGUUUCAAAAUCCUCAAUUUUGACUCCCUGCCAAUUAAGGUCUACCGUUUUUUCAUUCUUCCGCCCGAUUACAGCAGUGCGCGCAAAUGAUAAGAACUUCGCUUAGAGGCUGCUACGAGGAUGGCACGAGCGGUGUCGUCGCCUCCGCAAUCCUCGACGCCGGAGACUUCGAGCUCAAAGCCAACACCACCAUUACCGACGGCCCAUCCUUCGACGACCUCUCUGUCUCGGUAGAAAAGCCCGGUUCAUUCUCCAUCGACUACAGUAUUCCGAAAAAGGAUGUGCGAUUUCAGUUUAUGAAUUCGGCUAGGGUUUUAGAGAAGCAGCUGAGUUUGACGUACUCGCACUGGCGGGGCGAUAAUCGAAUGGAACUGGAUGGGAAAUUGAUGAUCGACUCUGCAAACGUGUUAUCCGCUAAUUACGAGCCUAAUACUGGUAACUGCAAGGUGAAGUACAGCUAUAACCAUGGCGGACUAGUCACAUUUGAGCCGAGCUAUGAUUUCGGUCAAAAUUCUUGGGACAUUUCCCUUUCCAGGAGAGUUUUUGAUAAUGAUGUGGUUAGGGCUACCUAUCAAAGUUCAAGCAAGGUUUUGGAGUUGGACUGGUGCAGCGUUACAAGUAUGAGUGGAAGCUUUAAGGUCUCCGCAUCUAUUAACUUAGCUGAUCAGUCAAAAGCCCCUACUCUCCGGGCUGAGAGCACCAUAAAUUUUGAUGUGUAAUUCAUUGACCUCUUCGAUGUAAACGAUUAUAAUAGUUGUCAGUUCAUGAUAUUAUCUUUAUGGUGUCUGUUUUUCCCAGAAGAACGCACCUGAAGUGACAUCAACUCAAUGAUAAAGUGGAAUUUCUUAUCGUUGUCUUUCGUGAUCAUACUUAGAGUGACUUGCUAAGUCACUAGUCACUACUAUUGUUUGGUUUGGCAGAGAAGUUUGGAGCAAUGGCAGCUUCAUAAUUUAAUCUAAGCUCGUCUCCGAUCCAAACCACCAACUUAUUUCAUCUUACCACUACCAGUGUACGGAGUAAUUUUUUGUAACACUAACCCAAUGGUUAACUACUUCAUCAUGUAGUUUGACUUGGGUCUGUCAACUUCUUCACCAUUAUAUUUUUCAGCUCCAAGGUGGUCUCAAUGGUCAGUCACUCAGUUGCAAUCUUCAUUCUUCAUUCAAUUAUACUCGGUCCAACUUUCAUUGAAUUUAUGUCUAUGUUCAGUUGUUCACCUUUUUAUCAAAUUAUUG